AUGACAAACUUUGCAUAUUGGAGCAAGACGGAGCCUACGAACACUGUCACAGUGACCAUGGAAGGAACAUAUCAUAAUGAAGAAAUGAGGGGAAGUAUUUUUGGCACUUGCAUUUGGCGUCUUCUUCACGCCUUCACGUGGAUGUUUUGCUACCUCAUCAACCCCCCGGAUGGGCAGACUUUCCGUCUUCAGGCGAUCGUGAGGCAUUUUGGCUCCCCCAAGCCCGCAUCGUUACUUCUGGACUGCGAAAAUGAAGUCGUAUGGAUGUUGUCUCCACAUCAGGACUCGAACUGCUAUCUGAGCACAAUUCGAUAUGUCGGCUUGUGUCUAGGGACGUCAACUCUGCCAGGGGAUGCAAACCUGUUGAGGCUAGUCGGGGCAGGGCAUGUCAUGAAGCUCGUCAUGGCUGGUUGGCGCCAGCGAGAGCUCUGUUUUCCCGCGCGUAUUGAGAAAGGGUUGGCACAAACACUAUGUAUUCAGAGCUCUAAUAUUGUCGGCCAGGAGCUAAGGCUAAGGGACUGUUCAGAAGGGAAAGACAAGGACACAGCUGGCCAGGCUGAUUCCCGAAAUCUCGACGUGGGAUCGACAGUAAGGGAGGGAAAUAGCGGUGCACAUCGGUAUCAGGUUAUUGCAAAAGUCAAGGGUCUUUGGGAAAUCAUGGAGCCUCCAGAAAAAGCUCAUUACUUUAUUGGAACUGGAAGAAAAGAGAAGCAGAUAAGACCCAAACUUUUUCGGGAAUGGUUAGAUUGGCCUGCUGCUCGUGGCUGGCUGUCUAGCACUGUCCAACUUCCAAACGGGCGACAGGUGUGA